CUCCGGGUAUAUUCAUGAUCAAACUGUAUAUAAACUCCAGGAUAUCACCGAUGCAUGAAAUACCAUCAAUCACGACAACUUUACCUUAUUAAAGUACUACCAGAUCAUUCUUCAGUCAACAUGCCUACUGCUACAGAAUACUUUGGCAUAUCUGUCACCAAUAUUGGUCCUCUCACUACGACUUACACGCCUCCUCCAGCAUGCACCAGGGCAACAACAGACCAUCUCGUCUAUGCUCUCGAGAGCUCCUUGAUAUACGGAUUUGGUUCUCCUGACUGUGAGAUUGACCCUUAUGGAAAAUGUCUUCCCUCUGGGGCUGCCAUAGAUUCCUUCAUCAAAGAAUACAGUCAUCCAAAGUCUGGACAGGGCAUCCACCCAUUUCACUCUCCUGGUAUUCACUGUCCUGAAGGUUGGACUACCGCUGGACUACUUGCACACAGUGAUAAGACUGGCUCCGCGUUUAGGAGUGGUGUUUUUACCACCACGGCGACCGUGAACUCAUCGCAGCCCCUUCAGAUGGGUUCCGAUGAAUGGUGGCUCAAAGUCUUGGAGCCUUCCGAGACUCUAGCGUGGUGCUGCCCAAGCGGCUGGGACUCUCUCCCCUACGGAUAUUGCAGAUCCUCCAUUGCCCCUGCUCUUUCAGCCGGCUACAACAGCGCUUGUUAUGAGGGAUUUCCCGAGAGCGCCUUUGUCACUGUCCACACCGUCGAGGGUGAACGUGUUUCUGAUACAGACGGGCUUAUCUCUCUCCUUCCCUCUAUAACAUAUACUACGGAGACGGUUGCGUUGACUGAGCAGUGGAGUGAUCCUAGUCUUGUUGCUUCUAUGGUUAUUGCUAGACAGUUUCCUGCGAUUGAGAUGAUCUACAAGUCUGAAGAUGUCAAGGCUGCUAAGAAUGGGUCCAAGGAUGAUGCUGAUGAUGAUAAGGAUGGGAAGGCUAAAGACAACGAUAAUGCUGCCUCGACUCUGUCAAAGGUCGGAGGGGUUGUCCCAGGGGUUGCAUUGAUGGUCGGGUUGCUGACUGGAGCCGGUCUGCUGAUGCCUUGGUGAGGUAGAUAUCACGUUGGAGGGGGGUGGGGGGUUUAUCUUGCAGUUUGAGCUCUAUAUGGGGAGUUGUGUAGGAGCCUGUCUUUCUUGAGGUAGUUUCUCACUUUGAGUGGCUACUCUAAUGCUCACAUAUCACGUAUCAAAUUGAACAAUGUGUUGUCUUAGACUACAGUCUGCAGACGUGACCUACUGUUUGACAUACGAGUCACACGAAGGGACCCAAUGAUCCAUAGGCUAAAGCCCAAAUUAUGGGUAGUCAAAUAUGGGAAUGAUGGACUUGUACUUGUGUCGUCACCUGUGUCUUUUGAUGCGCUCAGAUACAGGGUGUGAAGUUGUAAUGCAAUCCUGGGGAGGCAUCCGAUGAUGAACACUGUGUACGGGAGCCCACGGGCAUGUGUGCAUAGGUAAUCUCCAAGUGAGGCUCUUCAGACUAGUGUAAUGGAAAAGGUCUCUCUCUUUCCGUAUCAGUUAUGGUGGUGUUUCUCCCUAGAUAAGUCCCUGGGGUCCGUCUCAGUGCCCUCCACCUUGGGUCC